UGGUUCGAUUUCAGGCUGUAUCACAAAUGGCCAUGAUUGGGAGUCCCAUAGGGCGGCGCACAAUUGGCCCAGCGUUGUCUUGGUUAGGGUUUGGCCGGGGUAGGCAGUCAUUGUAAAUAAGAAUUUGUUCUUAACGGAAUUGCCUAGUUAAAUAAAUAUACAGUAUAUAGAUUUUAAAUACGUCCCUGUUAGCAUUUCUCCUUUGCCUUGUGCUGGGGACAAAAGGCCACUCUAAAAUGUGCAGUUUUAUCAUACAACACAUUGCCAGAAAUGUCUUAAGGGAGCGUGCAAUUGGAAUGCUGACUGCAGGAAUGUCCACCAGAGCUGUUGCCAUACAAUUUUGCCUUAAUUUCUCUACCAUAAGACGCCUCCAAUGACGUUUUAGAGAAUUUGUCAGUACGUCCAACCAGCCUCACAACCACAGACCACGUGUAACCACGCCAGCCCAGGACCUCCACAUCUGGCUUCACCUGUGGGAUCGUCUGAGACCAGCCAUCUGAUGAAAAUAAUUUAUGCACAAAUUGUCAGAAACCGUCUCAGGGAAGCUCAUCUGCAUGUUCGUCGUCCUCACCAGGGUCUUGACUGCAGUUCUGCAUCGUACCUGACUUCAGUGGGCAAAUGCUCACCUUCAAUGGCCAUUGGCACGCUGGAAAAGUGUGCUCUUCACAAAUGAAUCCCGGUUUAAACUACCGCGCAGACGGUGUGUAUGGCGUGUGGGCGAGCGGUUUGCUGAUGUCAACGUUGUGAACAGAGUGAUCCAUGGUGGCAGUGGGGUUAUGGUAUGGGAAGGCAUAAGCUACGGACAACGAACACAAUUCCAUUUUAUCGAUGGCAAUUUGAAUGCACAGAGAUACCGUGACGAGAUCCUGAGGCCCAUUGUCGUGCCAUUCAUCCCCCGCUGUCACCUCAUGUUUCAGCAUUAUAAUGCACGGCCUCAUGUCACAAGGAUCUGUAUACAAUUCCUGGAAGCUGAAAAUGUCCCAGUUCUUCGAUGGCCUACAUACUCACCAGACAUGUCACCCAUUGAGCAUGUUUGGGAUGCUCUGGAUCGACGUGUACGACAGCGUGUUCCAGUUCCCGCCAAUAUCCAGCAACUUCCCCCAGCCAUUGAAGAGGAGUGAGAUAACAUUCCACAGGUCACAAUCAACAGCCUGAUCAACUCUAUUUGAAGGAAAUGUGUCGCGUUGCAUGAGGCAAAUGGUGGUCAAACCAGUUACUGACUGUUUUUCUGAUCCUCGCCCCAGUCAUGUGAAAGCCAUAGAUUAGAAUUUAUUUAAAUUGACUGAUUUAUUUAUAUGAACUGUGACUAUGUAAAAUCUUUGAAAUUGUUGCAUGUUGUGUUUAUAUUUUUUGUUCAGUGUAUUUUCAACCAGAAACUAUAAGUAAAUAACACGGAUCAUAUUUUUUCCCACGCUUUUACAGCUGUUGUACAAUAUGAUAUAAGACACAGGCAAAACAGAAUUUUGACUGCGCUGGGCCUUUACAUUUCAAUUGCGCUACAGCGCAGAUCUUCAGCGCUACGGAUUGAAUCAAGACCUUACAAGAAACAAAAUAGUAAAAAGAUGCUAUUUAUUCAGGAUGUUCUGAAGAAAAACAGAUGGGAGAUUUACCAUUCUGGUAAAGUUCUAUGGAAAGUCUCUCAGAGACUAACUACCAGGAACAUGUCUGUGGGGGAAUAUAAUUUGUCCAGGAGUUUCUUAUUUGUGAGAUGAAAUGCAUCAUACGGUGUAAUUAAUGUUCAAGUGAUGUGAAGUCAUACAUUUUACUUUGAAAGUUGCUGUUGUGCUAGUACACUAUAUCUGGUACAUAUUCAAACUGGUGGUAUUAGGAGAGUGUGGCCAGUUCGAGAGAAAGCGGGAAGACAGGAGGGGUAGAAGAGUAGAUGAAAAUGAGAACAGAUUGAAUGGAGUUGUCCACUGUGGAUUUAGAGUUGUAUCAAUAGAUUAAAGAAGAGGGGAGCUUAAGGCUUGGUUGAGCACACUGACUUACUGACCAAGCGGUAUCACGAAGAGUGACAGCCACACACUCCACAUAGGUUAGUGUGAGGGUCAACACCCUGAAUCACUGACAUGCUAUCUGAUGGAGAGGAAGAGAGAGGGGAGAUGGGUAGAGGAAUAGGAGUCCAUUAAAUACUACCACAAUCCACACUCACUACAUGAAGAACUGAAGGUAAAGAGGAAAUAAGACAGGUUGAAGAAGGUGGGUCCAUUUUCUCUUUCAAAUGAUCCUUACUGUCUGAUGUCAAUGCUUAUGAACAUUUGAAGCAUUGACAUCAGAACACUUCUGACAUUAUUUGUUCUAAAGGAUUAACAGAUAAGCUAUUUUCUCCUGUAAUUGCUGACAUUUUCUAGUCCUGCUGGUCUUCCUAUCGUUUCGAUUUGUAUUCUCCCAUUCUUUGUCAUUCAGUUAUAUAAUUAGGGAUGUAAUCCAUCUCAAACUAUACCUGCCCUCUUGCACAAUAUACAUUUUCGUAAGUAUUCAGACCCUUUACUCAGUACUUUGUUGAAGCACCUUUGGCAGCGAUUACAGCCUCAAAUCUUCUUGGGUAUGACGCUACAAGCUUGGCACACCUGUAUAUGGGGAGUUUCUCCCAUUCUUCUCUGCAGAUCCUCUCAAGCUGUCAGGUUGGAUGGGGUGCGUCUCGGCACAGCUAUAUUCAAGUCUCUCCAGAGAUAUUCGAUCGGGUUCAAGUCCGGGCUCUGGUUGGGCCACUCAAGGAAAUGCCACCACCAUUCUUUACCGAAGGGAUGGUGCCAGGUUUCCUCCAGACGUGACGCUUGGCAUUCAGGCCAAAGAGUUCAAUCUUGGUUUCAUCAGACCAGAGAAUGUUGCUUCUCAGGGUCUGAGAGUCCUUUUAGUUGCCUUUUGGCAAACUCCAGGGACGCUGUCAUGUGCCUUUUACUGAGGAGUGGCUUCCGUCUGGCCACUACCAUAAAGGCCUGAAUGGUGGAGGGCUGCAGAGAUGGUUGUCCUUCUGGAAGGUUCUCCCAUCUCCACAGAGGAACUCUGGAGCUCUCUGAGUGACCAUCGGGUUCUUGGUCACCUCCCUGACCAAGGCCCUUCUCCCCCGAUUGCUCAUUUUGGCCGGGCGGCCAGCUCUAGUAAGAGUCUUGGUGGUUCAAAACUUUCUUCCAUUUAAGAACGUUGGAGGCCACUUUGUUCUUGGGGACCUUCAAUGCUGCAGACAUUUUUUGGUACCCUUCCCCAGAUCUGUGCCUCAACACAAUCCUGUCUUGGAGCUCUACGAACAAUUCCUUCGACCUCAUGGCUUGGUUCUUUCUCUACAUGCACUGUCAACUGUGGGACCUUAUAUACUGUAGACAGGUGUGUGCCUUUCCAAAUCAUGUCCAAUCAAUUGAAUUUACCACAGGUGGAUUCCAAUCAAGUUGUAGAAACAUCUCAAGGAUGAUCAAUUGGAACAGGAUGCACCUGAGCUCAAUUUCAAGUCUCAUAGCAAAGGGUCUGAAUACUUAUGUAAAUAAGGUAUUUCUGUUUUUUAUGUUUUAUAAAUUUGCGAACCUGUAUUCGCUUUGUCAUUUUGGGGUAUUUAAAUGGGGGGUUUUGCCUUUAUUUAACUAGGAAAGUCAGUUGAAAACAAAUUCUUAUUUACAAUAACGGCCUACCGGAGAACAGUGGGUGAACUGCCUUGUUCAGUGGCAGAACGACAGAUUUUUACCUUGUCAGCUUGGGGAUUCAACUACCUCAUCCCCAUAUUGUUAUUUAUUUUAUAAAAUGUUUUGCUCCUUUGCACCCCAGUAUCUCUACUUGCACAUUCAUCUUCUGCACAUCUAUCAUUCCAGUGUUUAAUUUCUAAAUUUUAAUUACUUCGCCACUACAGCCUAUUUAUUGCCUAAUCUUACCUCAUUUGCACACACUAUACAUAGAUUUUUUCUAGUGGGUUACUGACUGUACGUUUGUUUAUCCCAUGUGUAACUCUGUGUUGUUUGUGUCGCACUGCUUUUCUUUAUCUUGGCCAGGUCGCAGUUGUAAAUGAGAACUUGUUCUCAACUGGCCUACCUAGUGAAAUAUAUAUAUUUUUUUUAAUACAAAAAUGUUUUUUGAUCCAGCAACCUUUCGGUUAUUGGCCCAACACUCUAACCACUAGGCUACCUGCAUUUUAGAAUAAGGCUGUAAUGUAACAUGUGGGAAAAGUCAAGGGGUCUGAAUACUUUCCGAAUGCACUGUAAACAGAGUUUAUACUGUAUUUGGUAUUACACUUACUGGAGUCUCUCACAGGCUUUGAAAAAGCACCUACGAAUAAGCUACCAGUACGGAAAGUGCUGCUGGCUGCUGGUAAGCUUUCAGGACUCCGACAUAAGUGUUUCCCAACACAUGGUUAACCUUUGUUUAACGAGCUAAACAGCUGCUCUUAUUGAAAAUGUGUUUGGAGUUACCUUUGUAGCUAAUAGGCUAUGUUAGAGUUUACACUUCCUCUUCCAAUUAUGUGUGGAGGUCAAAAUAAAGUGGGGUGAGGGGUGUCCAAGCAAGGAAAGACAUUGGGGGAUUAGAUUGUUUUCUUUCAGUUGGGUUGUCAAUUCCUCUGAAUACUUUAUAUUUUCCGUAUGCUCUCUCUCAACUCUCUCUCAACUAUCUUAACAGAGAUCUGGAGUCGAGCCUCACAUUGCAGCCUUUGUCAACGUCCAUAUCUGAUUCCUGUCAUGUUUUUAUUUUAUUUUAUUUUUUUAUCCCAUUUUCUCCCCAAUUUUCGUGGUAUCCAAUCGCUAGUAAUUACUACCUUGUCUCAUCGCUACAACUCCCGUACGGGCUUGGGAGAGACGAAGGUCGAAAGCCAUGCGUCCUCCGAAGCACAACCCAACCAGCCGUACUGCUUCUUAACACAGCGCGCCUCCAACCCGGAAGCCAGCCGCACCAAUGUGUCGGAGGAAACACCGUGUACCUGGCCCCCUUGGCUGGCGUGCACUGCGCCCGGUCCGCCACAGGUGUCGCUGGAGCGCGAUGAGACAAGGAUAUCCCUACCGGCCAAACCCUCCCUAACCCGGACGACGCUAGGCCAAUUGUGCGUCGCCCCACGGACCUCCCGGUCCCGGCCGGCUGCGACAGAGCCUGGGCGCGAACCCAGAGACUCUGGUGGCGCAGUUAGCACUGCGAUGCAGUGCCCUAGACCACUGCGCCACCCGGGAGGCCCUUGAUUCCUGUCAUGUUAAGCGCUCUGACAGAGUCUCUGUGUCUGAAGUGGCCCCGUCUCCUUUUGUCAUUAUAUAGUAUAGACUGAGGGAGUGUUUGACCUGCUGUUGAAAAUACAACUUCUCUCUUUCUUCCUCUCUUCUCCCCCUCUCUAACACCUCCUCCCACCCCAGGUUCCCUCUCUCUCCCUUCAUCAUGUCGUUUCUGUCCAGGGUGCGGUCCCCCAAGCUCACCUUCUUCCAGACGCUAGUGUCUCUGGUCCUGGGGGCCAUGGCCCUCUUGUCGUCCUACUGGUGUGAGGGCAGUCAGAAGGUCCCCAAGCCCCUCUGCUCUGCCAAUAAACUGACCAAAUGCAUACCUGUGCCCGGGGUCUCGCAUAACUCCACCUCCAUCCAGUUCUCCUGGGAGACGGGGGAUGACCGCUUUGUCUUCCCUGCCUUCCAUGCAGGCAUGUGGAUGAGCUGUGAGGAGAACAUCUACACUGACGCCUGGGAGGAAAAGUGUCGCAGUUUUCUUUCUUUAACUCCAGGAGGUGAAAAAGGAAUGUUGUGGUUGUCGGUGUCAAUGGAGCUCAUGUAUGUUGGGCUGCUGUGUAUCAGCUGUGUGCUGCUGUCUCUUCAGUUGUGUCUGGAUGCCUUUUGGCCCUCACAGAUCUGGGGACAGCUCCUCAAUGCCUACUCUGCAGUCUUCACUAUAUUAGGAGGGUUACUGGGAAUGGUGGCUCACAUGAUGUUCAUGCAGGUGUUUCAGACUACUGCCUCUAUGGGUCCAGAGGACUUCAAACCACACAGCUAUGGCUACUCCUGGGGCUUUUAUGUGGCAUGGCUGGCCUUUACCUGCUGCAUGUUGUCAGGAGUCUCCACCCUCAACAACUACACCAAGAAGACUGUAAUGGAGCGGAGGCGCAAAGCCCGCCUGUACCCCCCUCGAUUCCCUGACAUAGAGCCCCUGCUACCCCCGGCCCCCUACUACUGCCCUCCGCCCCCUCACCCCUGCAUGUCCCCACCAUCUCCAGAACUCUCACCCCUGUCACCCUACUAUGACUCCCCUUCGCCACCCCCAACCUCAUCACCCCGUCCACUCACCCACUCCCUCUCCCUCCCCCACUGCUACACACUCCCCCACCCUGAAUACUUCCCACCUCCCCCGUCCCACCCUGCUCCCCUGUCCCCCUAUCACCGCCACUCCCUCCCCUCUCCCUCCAUCUCUCUGCCCCUCUCCAUCCACAGUUACACACCCCAGUACUACUCAGAGGACAGGGGCAGAGAGAUGGAGGAAGAGGGGAGGGAGUACUCAGAUGAGGAGUACAGCCCACUUUGACUGUAUGUGUGUGAUACUUACCUAUGAGCCAACAUGCAUUUGGAUUUUGACAGAGCAAAUCAGUGUGAAGUAGUCUGAAGCUCUCUGUCUACUUGCAUUCUGUCAAUAAA